AUUUGUAUUUAUAUCUUGCUGUAUGUACGCUUAUGAUUUUGACAACUUUACCUUUUGUUUACAAUCAAAACAAAAUCCGAUUAACAAACAUUAAGGUUUGAAAAAUAAAUUAAUUUAUAAAUUAAAUGAAAAAUGGGCAGACAAAUGACUGUUAGUGACUUACAAACAUAUUUUAAAACACAUAAUAAAAUAAAAGAACAAAAGGCACAUUCUUCCAAAGUUCAUUCUGUUGGAUGGAGUUGUGAUGGAAGACGUCUUGCUUCAGGCUCUUUUGAUAAAACCGUAUCCGUUUUUACUUUAGAUCGCGAUAGAGCACUAUCUAAAGAAAAUACUUUUCGGGGACAUACUGGCUCGGUUGACCAAUUAUGCUGGCAUGCAUCCAUUCCGGAAUUACUUAGCACCGCUAGUGGUGAUAAAACAGUACGCAUUUGGGAUGUAAGGAUGGGAAAAUGUGCUACAACAAUUCCAACAAAAGGAGAAAAUAUAAAUAUUACUUGGUCGCCUGAUGGAAAAACUAUUGCGGUUGGAAAUAAAGAAGAUUUAGUUACUUUUAUUGAUACUAGAACGCAUAAAAUUCGAGCAGAAGAGCAAUUCAAUUUUGAGGUUAACGAAAUUGCUUGGAACAAUACAAGUGAUCUUUUUUUCUUAACUAAUGGACAGGGAUGUAUUCAUAUUCUUAGUUAUCCUACCCUAGAACUAAAACAUGUAUUAAAAGCUCACCCAGGCACUUGUAUUUGUAUUGAAUUUGAUCCAAUGGGAAAAUAUUUUGCUACAGGUUCUGCUGAUGCUUUAGUAUCAAUAUGGGAUGCAACAGAAUUAGCUUGUGUUCGAGUUCUUUCACGUCUCGAUUGGCCAGUACGUACUAUAUCUUUCAGUUACGACGGGAAGUUAUUAGCAUCAGCCAGUGAAGAUUUAAUGAUUGAUAUUGCACAUACCGAAACUGGUGAGAAAGUCACACAUAUUACGGUGGAUGCUGCUACUUUUACUGUUGCUUGGCAUCCUAAACAAUAUUUAUUAGCAUAUGCUUGCGAUGAUAAAGAUAAUUGUGAUCGAAGAAGGGAUGCUGGAAAUUUAAAAGUUUUUGGAUUUUCAGAAUAAAAAGUAUAAUUUUUGU